AAGCAGCAAAGCCCAGUUUUGUGUUGCGGUGUGAAAUGGUGAAAAAAGCAUCAAACCACACAACCCAGCAGUUACCAGUUAGGUCGAUUUCGCUAGAAAAAGUCAGAUCUUUUUUUCAACAUUUCUGCUCCUCUUUACCUUUCGCUCUCUUCUCCAAUCUUAUUCUGUCUUAUACAGACACCAAAGAAACCAACAAAUUCUAGUUUUGUACCUUCUUCAAUGGAGGUGAAGCGCAGAACUGCUCGCUCCUUAGUUUCCAAACUCGGCUCUGUAUCCGAGCAAACCCGCUCCGAAGCCUUAGCUGAGCUGCGUCUCAUCACCAAACACGAUGCUGAUAGCCGCCCGAUUAUCGCUGACGCCGGUGCUAUUCCCUUCUUGGCUGAGACUCUUUAUUCUUCAUCCCAUGAUUCGCAAGAGAACGCCGCUGCUACUCUCCUUAACCUUUCCAUCUCUUCCCGUGACUCCCUCAUGUCUACGCGCGGCCUCCUUGAUGCUAUUUCUCACGCGCUUCGCCACCAUAAUACUACCACUUCCGCUCUCGCUGUUCAAUCCUCUGCUGCUACUUUGCACAGCCUCCUAAUCGUCGAUUCUUAUCGGCCUAUCAUCGGAUCCAAACGCGAUAUCAUUUAUUCUCUGAUAGAUAUAAUCAAAAUGGCUAAGUCGCCGCCGCGGUCGAUUAAAGAUGCGUUGAAAGCUUUGUUUGGAAUUGCUCUGUAUCCGUUGAAUAGAUCCACACUGAUUGAUCUUGGGGCUGUCCCGCCGUUGUUUUCAUUAGUUUUGAAAGACGGGAGAGUGGGGGUAGUGGAGGAUGCGACGGCGGUGAUAGCGCAAAUUGCUGGGUGCGAGGAGAGCGACGGUGAAUUCGCGAAAUUUUCGGGGGUGAGGAUUUUGGUGGACUUGCUGGAUGUGGGGACGGGUUCUAGUGGGAGAAUAAAGGAGAACGCAGUGGCGGCAUUGUUGAAUUUGGUGAGGUGUGGAGGGGAGAAAGCGGUGGAGGAUGUGAGGGAUAUGGCUGCGGCAGUGGUCGAGGGGAUUAAGGAAGUGGCGGAGAAUGGAAGCGCCAAAGGGAAGAGUAAAGCUAUUGCAUUGUUGAAGGUGAUUGAGGGCGGAUCAAGCAAUGGGAGUACUCAGUUUGAUACUUCACUCAAUCAAUCUUCAUAAAUUGAUGGCUUCUUGAUAGCAUUCGGUUAGUUAAAAAUUGAUUUCUUGUUAGCUUGUAGAUGUAUAUUUGUAUAAAUUAGCUGAUGUAUUUGUAUUGCUAAUACUAUAAAGAAUGGAAAAUAGAGAAGUUUGGAUUGGUAUGAAA